CAUUCGAAGCCGCUCUUCAUCACAUAGACGACACGAACUACUGCUCAGCCUUCAAAUGCCGGCACCCCACGCCGUAUGUGCAUAGAGUCACAGAUCCACACGACGCAACUCGUGUCUUCCUACCAGAGUGUGUGGUACUGCAUCGUUGCAUGAACUACACGGGCUGUUGUGGCGAAGGCAGUGAGUGUGUUCCUAAGAGCAUGAACGUCGUUAACAAGGCGUUCCUUAUGAUUGACCGACUCACAGAUCUUGAUGAUCACGUGAUGUUCAACCCCACGAUGGCCACAACACUAGAAUUCGUUAACCAUACCGAGUGUGAGUGUCGAGAAAAACAACAACUACCGAAAUGCACAAAAAUGUGCCCGCAGUCUUUCAGGCUCACACAGGCAGGGGAACUCUGCAAGUGUGAUUGUUUUCCACUGGCUAAUCAGGAGGGUUGGCCAUGUCAGAAUGUAAAGGACGGGCUAGUAUCCUUGUCAGGGGAUGCACUGGCGUGUAUCGGGAACGGUAACUGCUACAUGCCUGAGUGUACAAUUGGAGAGUUUGACUCAAAAACUGGCUUCUGUCCCCUAACGGAUGAUUAUGCAAUUCCAGCAUCAUUUUUCCAGCACCCAGACGACAGGCGGUUGUACAGAUAUCAUCUUUCUAGCCUCGAUUUCAGCAAACCAUUGACUAAGUUUACUCACAGUUCUAAAGACGAUGAGACUGGUUCUUAUCCAACAGAAUCUGUCCAUGGUUAUCCAGAAACUGCUAGUGGGGUAUUGAAAACAUCAAUCAGCACAACAGAAGAAAUUAAUAUCAAUUCCUCUUCUAAGGAAUCGAAAUUCACUUCAGAAACAAAAUUAAUUCAUUCCGCGGUUGAUACUCAGCUUGUAUCUACAGACUCAGUUUCAUUUUCCGAAAAUAAUGGAACACAUUCAGUGGAAAGCGAGGAUUGUAACUCAUCUUCGUCGCUAACUUUUGUUGAUAAGUCAAUUCACAAGACAAAUGAUGCACAGGGUUCUGACAAGUCAGUAUUUGACAAAGAUAACAACGUUAAUUUAACCAUUCGUGAUAUUUCAUCAGAAAACAUUACAAGCCGCCUGAAUAGAACUGGUUCAUCAUCUCCAGUACUUGCAAAGGAAAAUGGACAUUCUGCAAACAUAGAGGAAACCAGUACAUCAGCUUACAUAAUAUUUGAUGGUCAGAUACUUAACAAAGCUGUGAAUUCUAAAGUAAUUACAAGUACCACUCAACCAGUUCCAGACAUUAUCAGAAACACAGUCCCGACUUUAUCAAUGCUUGGUUAUGGAGAUGCGUUCAUCCCUUCAUCAGUUCCCAAACAUAAUUUCCAGUCAUCAAAUGAUGUGAAGCCAAUUACUGAUAACAGCGAGGGAUUAGACAGUAAUCUACUUAAAAAUAUCCUAAAGUCACAUCUAUCAUAUCGAUUACACGAAAACUAUCCUGUUGCGAUUUCGUCAACUUCGAAUGCUGUCAGUGACAACAUGGAAAUAUCAAAGUCCACAACAAAAUCUACAUCAACGUCUACACAACCGUCGUCUUCUAUUACAUUGUCUAAAGUUAUGUCAUCCGUAUACCCACAUUUACCGUCAGUAUCUGCUAAUCCGCUUCUCACAACGUUGAAGACAUCACAGAAAGAAGACUUGUCUAACUGA